ACCAUUGACCUCGCAUCCCUACAAAGCCGGGACGGAGCACGCCGGGUUCUCACCGGAGCAGGCUCUCACAUCACCAAGCGCCAUACGCCAUGAUGUAUUCGGUCGACUGCACAGAGAUCGUGCACCCUCCUGUACGAGAAAACGCCGCCACGGGUAACGCGUACGACGACGAAGGCGAGUAUCGGGAGGCCGGAGAGGACACGGGGGAGGGACACGCCCCCCCGCUGCUUUUCUUCGAGUACGCCGCCCCGGCCUUCGCGCACCUGCGUGGAGUGUACGGAAUGCCGUCGUCGGAGUACCGGAGAUCAUUCCGAGAAGAUUCCAGGAUGAUCGCCCUUGCUUCCAACUCCAAGAGCGCGCAGAGCUUCAUGUUCAGCGAGGACGGCAAGUACAUGCUCAAGACCGCGUCGGAAUCGGAGCUGGACUCGAUGCUGCGGCUGCUGCCGCACUACGCGGAGCACGUGGCGAGGCGGCGGGGUUCUCUCAUCACCCGCUUCUUCGGCGUUUACCGCGUCACGAACCCCAGGACGAAACGGUGGGUAAACCGCCGCGGUUAUACCGUACCGUAA